AUGAAUAGGGUGAGGAAUUUCUCUGCUGCCACUAGUUUUAAUAUUAGCAUCCCAAAGAGUAAAAUUUAUCUUGGAGGGGUUGAUGCAGAAACUCAGGAGCUUAUUCAACAAACAACUGGUUUUGCUAGAGGUAUUAUGCCUUUUAAGUAUUUGGGAGUUCCUUUGGCAAGCAGAAAAUUGUCUAUAGCUGACUGUCAACCUUUGAUAGAGAGGAUGCUGAUGCAGAUUUUUCCUUUGCAGAAAAAGGUUAUUUCCCAUAUUGAUAGUAUGUUGAGAAACUUCUUGUGGAUUGGUAAGGACAAUCCUACCAGAAAAGCUCCUGUGUCUUGGGACCACAUUAGUGAUCCCAUAUCUUCAGGUGGUUCGAGCUUGAUUUAUCUUAAGGAGUGGAAUAAGGAAACCAUUGAUAAGCUGUUUUGA